CUAAGUAAUGUAAAGCGGCGAGCAUUUGUUUAGGUGACGUGAAGAGGAACGGUUAUGGACGCUAAUGAUUCUGAAGAUGAACCUUUCGGUCAAAAAAUAGAAGAUAGUAAUGCCGUACUUAUAUUUGUACUUUGUAUUUAUAUACCAUUGGACAUUGUAAUUAUUGCCGGGAAUACAUUCGUUCUUGUAGUGAUUCGACGAACACCGAUUCUGCACAACAUUCAGUUUGAGUUACUAGCAUGUCUGGCCUUUGUUGAUCUUCUUUCUGGUAUCGUUGGUGUUCCGUUGAGUAUAUGGGGAAAUAUAACACGGCAGUCGCUAUAUCUUGUAGUUGAAGACUGUGAAUUGCAGUACAUCCCAGGCAAAAUACUCUUCGCAAUAUCGUUUCUGCAUCUGCUUUUGAUAACUGUAGAUCGAUACAUUGCAGUGAUGAAUCCUUUGAUCUACCCCAAAUUGGUCACGCGAAACAGAAUACGAAAAUGUGUGGCCGUAGCUUGGGUUGGGAAGAAGGUCGCAGAGUUGACAAAAUAGAAGUAUAAGAGACCCUAGAUCCACUGCUUUAAAUUACUUAUACGAAUUAUGGAGGAAUUACGAAUGUAGGUCCUAGGCACUUUACGUAAUAUAUUAUUUCCACAAAGAAAAACAUAUUUCUGAUACUGACGUUAAAGCAUUUAAAUGCAACGAGUGGGUUCAAGGAUUCUAAACUGUUUAUAAUAGCCCUCAGAUACUUUCUUGAUAAGGUCUUGUCCGAGAAACUAACUUUGUUACAGAAAGAAGGUGAUGGAUAAAUAUCAAGAAUACGGCAGGAAUCGUUCGUUGUUUCGAUAUCGUAGUUUUUGUUGGCAGGCCUAUCAUUGCACCAUGUUGAAUAAAGUGUAAUUAGACAGAUCAAUAGACAAGUCCAGUGGCGUAUCUAGAGGGGCGCAGGGGGGGGGGGGUGGUUGGGUUGCACGGCCCAAAAUACUCUCCCCAGUCUCCCCCAAAAAAUAUCACGCUCAAGUAGUUAAAAAAUCACCAUAAAUCACAUUAUUUAGCGAGCUUGCUCCCCUUCACCUAAUCAUCAAGUUCCCCACUUCACCUUUGCGCUCCCCAUUUCAAGAUUCAUGGUAUGCCACUGGACAAGUCGCAAAUUAUAAAAGAAAACAAGAUUAUGCUCCUGUGAUUAUUUUAGACUCAUAAGAAUACCUAAUUCAGAGAGGAACAAACUAAUUGUGCUGAUGCAAUUAUAAACGGUGCCAAGCACAGACUUAUAUAUAAUACUGUAUUAAAACAGCUAUUUAAGUUAAACUAGGGAGCAUGAUGGCUUUAAUUAAACACCUCUUGUUAAUUCCGCUUUAUCGGAAAGUUUAAUUACUUGUCUACCUCUUAAUUAUUUUACAGUUUAGAUCAGUAGUAACAUAGGUGAAACAUGGAGAAAAUAUAUAAUUAAUAAUAUAUUAAUGUAUUUUAUCAAUGGGUGAACAGAAUUUUUUUUUAAAGACGAGAGGAUGGAUGCAUUAUAACACUGCAAAGAGCAAUAAACGUCUCCCAGUGACGUCAUAGGCCUGAUGGCGUUUUACAAUAGAGGCCAGGGGCUACUUAAACACUAUUUUAUUAUAUAGGCCCCUAUACAUAAUAUAUAUAGGCCUAUA